AUGAGUCAGACAGAAGCGUUUGCUGGUUUCUUUUUAAAUAAGAAAAGAAAGAUUGAUGAUGCGAUGGAUGAUUCUGCGGCAAUGAAGGCAGCACAAGAACAGCUGGCGCAUUUGAGAGAAUUUGAUGAGCAAAAUAAAAGUCCUGGAUCUGUGAAGCAUAGGAAUGAAGAGAUAGAAGAAUAUGAAUAUCAAUCGGUUCAACAACCUAAAAUACUAAAAGCUAGAUUGAAGGAUCAUCAACUUAAGGGUCUGAAUUGGCUGGUAAAUCUGUAUAAUCAGGGUAUUAACGGCAUACUAGCAGAUGAUAUGGGAUUGGGAAAGACUAUUCAGUCCAUCUCUCUUUUAUGUCAUUUGUUUGAGAGUGAAGGUAUACACGGUCCUUUUCUAAUCGUAACACCCUCAAGCACCCUUCAUAACUGGUCAAAAGAGUUAGAAAGAUUUGCACCUGUCCUUAAGGUUUUAAAUUACUGGGGUAAUAUUCAGGAAAGGAGAGAUAUGAGAAAGCUCCUUAAGAAAUCCAAUGUUGUGAUCACGUCAUACCAAAUUGCAGUAUCUGAUGAGGCUAUAAUUGGAAAGAUCAGAUGGCAAUAUAUGAUUUUGGAUGAAGCACAGGCAAUUAAAAGUAUAAAUUCUCAGCGAUGGAAGAUUCUGCUUGGAUUCAAAUCUCGUAGUAGACUGCUUCUUACAGGCACACCCAUUCAAAAUAAUAUGCAGGAACUUUGGUCUCUUCUCCAUUUUAUAAUGCCUACUCUUUUUGACUCUCUUUCUGAAUUUAGUGAAUGGUUUAGUAAAGAUAUUGAAAAUAAGGAUAAAGUUGAAGAGGAGCAGAUAAACAAGCUACACACUAUUUUAAAGCCAUUUAUGUUGAGAAGAAAUAAAAAUGAUAUUAAAGAUGAAAUUGGUGGUAAGGAAAUAAUCACAGUUCCUUGUGAAAUGAGUAUUCGUCAGAAAGUUUUGUAUGAUGAAAUUAUUAAUAGUAAGCUUGAUUACGAAAAUAUUAUAAUGCAGUUAAAGAAAGUAUGCAACCAUCCUGACCUUUUUGAGAAGCUUGAGCCCACGGCUUCUUUUUGUAUUAGUGCUAUUGGUGAAAAUGGCAGCGUAAGUUAUAGGUCGCAUUUUAAAAGGUAUAUUUCUGAAAAACUGGCCGAGCCUGUCUGUUUGGGCGUGAACAAGCUGUGUGGCUUCGAUGCUCCUCCAUCGUCUUCCUAUUUAAUGAGUAUCUUCAAUGGAUCUAGCUACAUGCUAAGAUUGACCAAUAGGAUCUUUCAAUAUAAACUUGACUCUUGUAUUAAUUUUCAAGAGAAGCUAAUCCAAAAGGACAUGACAGUUGAUCAGUAUUCUGAUCUUUAUAAAAUAUAUUGUUCAAAGAGAGAUGAUAUGUUGGAUUAUAGGGAGUUUAUAUUAAACGAUAUAGUUAGGAGAAGAGAGCAGAUUGAAAGUAGCUUAAAAAGAUUUAAAUUUAUUAAUGAGAAAAUAUUGGAUAAACAUGAAUCAACUAACAUUGACAAAGAGCCUAUUUUUGUGUCUGAAAGUAGAAUUGAUCGUCAGAUCUUUGUUCCACCUUUGAACACUUUUAUUUCAGAUUCUGGAAAACUUUUUAUGAUUGAUAUUCUGUUAAAAAAAUUAAAAGAAGAAUGUCAUCGAGUUCUAAUAUAUUUUCAAAUGACAAAAAUGAUGGAUUUAUUUGAAGAAUAUUUAGUAAAACGAGAAUAUAACUAUUUAAGAUUGGAUGGAUCAUCCAAGAUUAGUCAACGUAAAGAGCUUGUUGAGCAAUGGCAAUCCAACGAAGAUGUAUUUAUUUUUAUAUUAAGUACUAGGGCUGGCGGGGUUGGUAUCAAUCUUACUGCUGCAGAUACUGUUAUUUUUUAUGAUAGUGAUUGGAAUCCAACUGUUGAUCAGCAAGCUAUGGAUAGAGUUCACAGGCUAGGACAGACGAAAGAUGUCACGGUGUACAGGUUAGUUACUCAGAACAGCGUGGAAGAGAAAGUUAUGGAAAGGGCCAAUAAGAAAGAGGAAGUACAGAAAAUUGUUAUCAAGGGAAAUGUAUUUGAAGGACUAUAUCUUGACAAAUGA